UCUCAUUCAGUUACUCUUUCAUCUUCAUGGCCAAGGACAAGAAGCCUCGUGGAUUGGGACGUUCCUCCGGUGUUGCAGCAGCUACGGGCGCGACUGGGAAGAGCGCUAGUCGCUUCAACCCGCUUGCGAGCAGUUCCAAGGAUGCAGCAGGCAAAUCCAAGACUAGGAAGGAUCAGGAUAGUGACCAAGACCAAGUUAUGUCUGAGGCGCUAUCUACCUCAGAGUUAUCACGGCAUCAUGCGGCAGAAGGAGAAGAAGAACAGGGGAAAGGGGAUGAAGAGGAACAUACUGCUAGUAUUGCACUCAAGGAAGGCGAAGCUGGGGAUGAAUUGGCAGAGCUUCGCCAAACGUAUGAAGCAGCUCAGAAACAGUUUGCAGAAUCAGGAACGCAAGAGUAUUUACGGGGGACGAUUCACGAAUGUGACAGGAUGCUACGUAACUGUGGUGAGGAGGUUUAUGCUAGUAGUGAAUUCAAUUAUAUAUAUGCGUCUGCUUUGCAUGAGUUUUCGUUGAUCGGAGCAGAGGAUGAGGAGAGAAAUGGAUUUGUGGAGUUGGCAUUGGAACAUAUUAGUCAUGCAGCUGAUCUGUUGAAUAAGGAGAAGGACCAAGCAUGGUUGUGGAAAUACUACCUUGUUGCUGGUAAAUUGAACCUUCAAAAGGCUGACGCUCUGUACGAAGAACAAGAAGCAGCAUCAUCCAAAAAGCAGUUUAAGAAGCUAGGAGAUCAAAUCCACGCAACACUAUUACAAGCAACUAACUUGUUGGACACCGGAUUUAAAUUGAUCCCUGAACGCGAAGAGAAGCAUGUAGUCCGACUAGAUGCAGACAAGUCAAUUGAAAAGGUCAAUGUUAAGGAGCAUGAGAUGGUCUCUGCAGCUGCGAAUGUAGCCUUGCAUGCAGAUCGCUUUGAGGAAUAUGAUCGCAGGAAACAGUGGAAUACCUGGGCAUUGGAAACCUACGAGAAAGUGACACAAGAUACCCCUAAUAACCUGGAAGCAUGGCAAGGCAUUGCAACAUGUAUGCACUCAAUUGUUGGAUGGUGGGCAGACCAGGCAGAUGAUGAGGAAGAGGACGAUGAAGAUCCGGAUCAAGAUGAGGAGGAGCCUGAGGAUGAAUAUAGUCUUCCUGUGUAUAGUACAGAGCGCGGUCAAAUGUCAUUACAAGCUGUGGAGGCUAUCAAAAAGGGCAUUGAGCUAGCACGCAAGUCUGAAUCGCUAACAAGCGAUCUUUUGACAUUGGGUGCUGAAUGCCAUUUGAAUCUUGUGAAUAUUGCGGUCGGAGACAAGGCAGCAGCGGAGCAAUCUAAACAGGCUGUUACGUUGAUCAAGGAGGCAAUAUCAACGUUCCCAGAUCCUGCUCUAGAGGAGCGGUAUGCAGAAGUUCUCCAGGAAUUUGAGGAGAUUGCUGGCAACAAGUGAGUGCUGGACACAUAUACAUACAAAAAUUAAAAAGAGAAAUGAGUAAAUAAUAAUAA